AUGGUUGCACUUCUAUUCUAUGAAAUCAUUCUAACAGCAAUGCAAGAAGAAUGUAUUGAAACAGUGCAUUUCGAUGCCAAUGAACCAGUGCUUUAUGAAAUUCCAAAUUGUGGUAAAGCGUAUUCGCAUGAAUCAGGAAAAGCCAUCAUCACAGUAUUUGAUGAACAAGUGGCUAAAUCAGAAAUUGAAGUGAACAAAGAACUUCUUAGGCUUGGAUUUGUAACACAGGAAGCACGUGUGGUACAAUACAGUGAGAAUAAUCAAAUGAAAUGGGCAUUGCUUACACCAAGAUGGGGAGACAUGGCCAAUGAGAACAAGCAGAUUAGACAAACAAUGGAGGCUACAAGGAGAUUUAUUGGUGGAACUUCCAUGGUAUUUGGCUCAAUUAACAACAUCACUAGGGAGAAGGUGAAGGGAUUUAUGGAUAAGUUCGCAUCACAAAUUCCAGUUCUAAUUGUGAAUGGAAUUAUCUUUGAUGAAUCAUGUUACAACAUCAUUAUUAUGGAUACAGUUCAUGAGAAAAUCAAGAUAUUGAAUUGUUUUUCUGUGGAUUCAACAUAA